AUGGCGAUGCCAGAAGCCACGCCAGCUGACGAGAUUCUUCCAGACCAUGCCGAUCGGCCUGGCAGACGACGACCGUUCACGACGUGGGUCAAGAAGCUCGCACACUUCAAGAACAACGGCUCGAGCGACGGGCGAACGCCUGGGUCAAAGCGGCACCUGACACCGAUCAAGAUUGCGCCCAAGAAGCGAGGGCCGACGAGCAAGAAGAACAACCCGUAUCCGCUGUCGGGCUACCGACCGGCCACGGAUGGCGGCAUCAGCAGCAGCACCCACCACAGCCUUCAGGGCAGCAGCCAGAUAUCCUACACAACCCGAGCACCGCCGACAGUCGGGGCGCUAUCGAUGGCGCCGACCGUGUCGACCGAGCGGCGAUCGAUGCUGGCGCCAUCCAACGGGGCGGCCUCCUCGGUGACGGGCACGACGAUCCGGACGCUCAACGGCUACAGCUCGCGGCGCGGUGGCGACAGCACAUUCUCGUCGCCAGCACCAUCGCUGCAGUCGCUCGCCACGACGCUGACGACGAUCCAGUCGCUGCAGGUGCCAGGGGGUGCUGGUGGUGGUGCCCAUCACGGCCACGGAGGCACGAGCCUGAACGGAUUCGGCAGCAACGCCGGCAACGGGACCGUCAGCAGCGUUGGGUUCGGGUCGCUACACACACACCACGCGACGCCGUCCGCACAGAUGAGCGUGCUCUUCCACCAGCCGUUUCCCAACACGCCGGCGUCAGCGAUCCCGUCCCAUCUCGCAGCGCCCGGCAGCGGCCAUCCGACGACGUACUCGACGGCCACGGCCAACAACCUGCUGACGGACAACGCAUCGAUCCUGACGCUGGCCUCGUCCAGCAAGCGGCGACGACGACGGUCGCUCGACACGGACGCGUCCGUGCGGGCGCUGGCGCCGUCGUCGCUCUUUGGCGGCAGCCGCGAGAGCCUGCCGCUGUCGGUGCUGUCGGCCAACAUUGACGGCGGCAACGGCGGCGGUGGCAGCAGCAUGCCGACGGCAACCGGCAUGGCACUGCACGGGUCGGGCAGCCGCAUGAGCGUGGCCGAGCGCACGAGCAUCUACAGCACGACGGGCAUCCUGGGCGAUCGCAGCAGCUUCUACGCGCGCGGCGGCAGCGCCGUGGCAGCAGCCGAGCCGGUCGCUUUGGAGCUGGUGGUCAAGGCCGAAUGGAUCGUCGCAGACGAGCAGAAGGACAAGGACAGGACACAGUAG